AUGUCUUACACGACGCCUCCCAUCACGUCGACCACCAUCUAUGGAGCAGUUGAGACCUAUAGCGCGCAACAAGCGGCGCCGGCUCUCUUGACGCGCUUUACGCCGCCCGAUCAAUGCUCAACUGAGUGGUACUGGGACACUGGCGUCUUGCGGUCCUCGAGUACGGCCUUCAGCGACUCGAGCCACAACACAGCAUGGAGUACGUGCCAACCGUAUAGCGCAACCGGCGCGACCUACUCGGCCGGCAUCUGUCCAUACAAGUCCGAGUUCAAAUCAGUAACACAAGUGUCUUGGGAUGGAGUCUCAUCGUCAUAUUAUGUCGGCGCUUGUUGCGCAAGCACCGCUUCAUAUGACACUUAUACCAGCGGAGACUCUACGGGACUAUAUGGAUGCAUUGCGACGGUGACCUCGACUACUGUUGCAGCGACAAUGGUGCAAGAAAACGAUGAGCCGACGGUCGUAUCAUCGGCAGGUCCAAUUACCAUCAUUGCAGAGCCACUGUUCAUGGUGUGGCACGAAAGCGAUACAACAUUGCAUGCAGCGUCAGACGCAAGCUCACUCUUCGCCGCCAUGAACAUGGCAAUGCCAUCCGAAACUGUCACCGCGUCUCCUACGCCCUCAAUGGCAACGGCUGCGCCAGAACCCGGACUCGGCCAAACAGCCGUCAUUGGCAUUGCUGUAGGUUUCGGAGUAUGUGGUCUCAUCAUUGCCGGACUGGCGUAUUUUGCCUUUAUCCGGCUCCGGAAACGGAAAGCAGACGACGCAAACCCGGACAACACGCCAGCACAGAGGAGUCCAGGCGCCGGCGCCCAGGCAUGGAAGGACGGGGCCGUGUACGCCAACGAGCUCCAAAUCCAGACCCCAAACACAAUGGACAAGACGCACUCCUUUUCUAAUUUGCACAAUGGCGAAAGUGCAUAUAUGCGAGGCGGCCAAUCACCACCUGCAUCUGCAUCGAAUCAAGACAAGGACGAUAAUAUAUUUGUAGUAGAGCAGAAAAUGCUGCUUCGAUAA